AGAUGGAAGGUGGUAGAUAUUCGGUUGAUUUGGGUAACCUCCAACGCAAUCGAAGAAACGAGAUUGGGAGGAAGAAAUCCCGCAAAGGUAAAGAACUUGCCGGGUCUUCAUCUCAAAGCCGAGAUGAUUUUGAAACGGGUUACCAAAGGCGAGAUGGAGAUGCGAUGUCCGAAGAACAACUCCAACAAGAAUUGGCCCGACAUAAUAACCGCUUUCUACAACAACAACAAAUGCCGACGACCAUUGACGAAGAGGAGCUUGAGGAUGAAGAUGCGGAGGAAUUGGAACCGGAGACGGCCGAGGAGGAGGGUGCCGGCAGCCACGACGCCGACGCGCCUGCCUCAUCCCAAACCGCCACCGGUAAUAAAAAAAGUAAGUCUGAACUAAUGAAAAAUAAUUUUGAUAAAUGGAAGAACCCACAAACCGGCUAUUGGCACGCAACUUGCAAGUGGUGCAACAACAAUUAUAGUUUGGGAACCUCCGGCGGAUACGGAUCCGCCGCAAGGCAUCUUAAGGCAAAGCACCCCGUGGAAUAUGCAAAAUUAGGCGGCGGAACGGGGAAGCAAACUCAAAUAUCGAGACUUGCUAAUUUGGAAGAUUGUUUCAACUUCUAUUAUCUUGCGUUUUUCGGUGAAUUUCCAAUGUAUGACGAUAACCCCAUAGAUCCGAAAACGGAAUACAACGAGAAAAUGAUGACUUUGACGUUCUAGACUGGUGGAAGUCAAAAGAAAGAACGUUCCCGAUUUUAGCACGGGUGGCUAAGCAAGUACUAUCAAUGCUGGUUUCAACAGUUGCUGUGGAACAAGAAUUUAGUUCGGCCGGCAACGUCCUAACGGCAUCUAGAUCGAGAUUGAGCGCGGAGUCUCUUGAGACGCUUAUAUGCUACCACGAUUGGUUGAAGGUCGCACGUAGAACUCAAGAAUUGAGCAUCACCCCCUCCCAAGAUUUCAUGGAUGACUCAACAACCGAUGGUGGCUCUACCUAUGCCGGAGAUUCCGAUUGAUUAGUAUUUUAGAAUUUAUUACAAAAUGUAUUUUAUAGCACUUGCCAAAUUUAUUUAUACUUGUACUUCAUAUUUCAAAAUUGUAAACUUGUACUUCAUAUUUCAAAAUUGUAAAUUUGUAGUUGUAGUUCAAAUUAAUUUGUAAACUUGUACUUCAUAUUUCAAAUAAAUAUGUGUUCA